CAAGAAUAUAAUUUUGUAGCUUCACGUGCAGCCUAAGCUGUAGAUUUGAAAAAAAAAAUUCCCUAUUUUCUUUUUCCAUUUUCAAAAAAAAAAAAUAAAAACCCAACUUUAAAAGCUCCAAUUUUUCUCAUCACAAACCCCAAACCAAACCCAACCAUUUUAGGUUUUCCCCCUAAUUUCCCCUUUUUUUUUUCCCUUUUCUUUUGGGUCCUUCUCUUUUCCCCUCUUCCUAUCUCCCAAAAUACUUAUAAUAAUUUCAUUUCAAAUCCCUCAACUAAUUUUCUUUAUUUUACCAAAAUCAACACACAAAAAGAAAAAAGGGAAAUUUUUUGUACCAUUAUAUUAUGGCUCUAGAGGCAGUUGUUUUCCCACAAGACCCUUUUGUGUAUAAAGAUCAUUUGUUCAAUUUGGUGAAUUCUUCUUCAAGCUGCCUCAACUUCAUUGAUCAUCAUCAAGAUAAUGACUUUUAUUAUCUUCCCGACCUAUCAGUACAGAACAACUCUCCAAUAUUUUUGGACGAUGAUCAUUAUAAUUUUAGUGACGAAUUAUCAGGACGGGUUGAUUCGACGACGUUGAUGACGAGCGAGAUGAAGGACGGAGGAGGGAGCGAGCGGUUGGGGAGACGGCGGCAACGGCGGAGGCGAGGGAAAACAGAAAAGAACAAGGAGGAAAUAGAGAACCAAAGAAUGACACACAUUGUUGUGGAGAGGAAUAGAAGAAAGCAAAUGAAUGAGUAUCUCUCUAUUCUUAGAUCAUUAAUGCCUCAUUCCUAUGUUCAAAGGGGUGACCAAGCCUCAAUCAUAGGUGGUGCUAUCAACUUUGUUAAGGAACUUGAACAACAAGUACAUUUACUUAGUGCUCAAACAUAUCAUGUAAACCCUUUUUUUCCUUCUCAUGUUCCACCAAAUAACAACAUUAUUUCUUCUUCUUCUUCUUCUUCUUCUUCUUCUUCUUCUUCUUCUUCUUCUUCUUCUUCUUCUUCUUCCUUUCCUUUCUCUCAAUAUCCUUCCUUCACUUUCCCGUUUUCUUCUUCUCCGUCCUCGUCGUCUUCUUCCUUUUCUCUCGACGACAAUAAUAACGCUUCAACCGUUGUUGCCAUGACGACAUCUAACAACUUGAACAACAUGAACAACCUGAACAGUCUGAUUCAGACUUCUAUUGGCGAUAUUGAAGUCUCUAUGGUUGACUCCCAUGCAAACCUUAAGAUAAGAUGUAAAAAGCUUCCUAAACAGCUUCUUAAGAUUGUUUCUGGCUUGCAUUCCUUGCAUCUCAGUGUUCUUCAUCUCAAUGUCUCCACUGCCCAUCAAUUUGUCCUCUACUCUUUCAGUCUCAAGGUUGAGGAAGACUGUGGGCUUUCUUCAGUGGAUGAGAUUGCAAAUGGUGUGUAUCAAUUGCUUUGCAGAAUUCAAGAAGAGGCAUUCUCCAACUGAUCAUUUUGAGAGAGAAAGAAAAAAGAAAUUUGCAUUUUAAAUUAGUUAAUUAUCUUUUAAUUUCCUUUCUUUUUUUUUUUCUUUUUCCUUUUCUUUUUUCUUAUUUUUUUUUUCUCCCUCUUGAUGGAGCUCUCUCUAGGAGCUUCACUUUGUAAACUUUGAGAUUGUACUUGUUCUGUUCUUCUUCUUCUUCUUCUUCUUCUGAUCUGAUCUAAAUUUUUGGUCAAUUCAACAUGUUCUUUGUCUUUUAAUUGAUUACUCUUAGACUC